AGAGCCACCUUGGGACAGAUGGUGCGAGAAGAACAGCAACUCGAGGAGGCACAUUUUGGGAAACUGCCCACGGAGCCAGCUUCGAUUCUCCAAACCUCUUCAGCCUGCACUGGCGCCAGCUCCCUGACUCGGCACGGAGGGCCUCACCAGCCAAUCCCCAUGCCUGGCACCCCCUUCACCAGGGGAUUCCCCACGGGGUCGUCAGCCUCACGGCAGCUCCACCUGACAGCUGGGCUUGCUCCUGGCUGCGGGCUGUACGGGACUAGGAGGGCCCAAGCGGAACAGGGAGGGGAACACGAGUUGCCUGGUGAUAAUUUCCUGAGAAAAUUCCUAGGGGACAGAGGUUCAUCAGCCCUGAGACAGAUCCGUAAACACAACCCCUUCCUCCAGGGGGAUGCAAUUCUCUCUCUAAAGUUGAGAGCUCACCACCCCCGGCGUCAGUCACUGCAGACAAAGGCCACAGCCACAACCAUUAUGCAGCCUCACGCGGUCGCUCCUGGGGGCUGUGGGAUAUUCAUCCCAAAAAGAAAACACCUUAAAUUCAGGCGCCAGCCACCCCCAUGACGACUCUCAACACCUUAAUGUAGCACCUUCCAACCUUUCCUAGGCAUUACGUACAAAUCCUAAAUAAAACUGGGUUUUUACUACAUACACUGCUUGC